UUUCUCUUCUUCUUCUUCUUUUUUUUUUUUUUCUUUUUUUCUAGAUUUGGUAAUAUUAAAAAAAAAGUUAUGAGAGAUUCAAUCUAUUUCCUAUGGAUAGAGAAUCGAAUAUUAGUGGUAAUAAUUACGAUGGUAAUGAUCGUAUCAUGUAGAUGUGUUUUGGGAUUGGAGAACAUAAAUCCGAUAUUCUUCGAUGAAGGUCUUUCUCAUUUGUUUGGAGAAAGUAAUCUCAUCCGAUCUCCUGAUGAUCGUAGCGUUCGAUUACUCCUCGACAAAUACACUGGGUCUGGAUUUAUCUCUUCAAGCAUGUAUCAGCAUGGAUUUUUCAGUUCGUUGAUAAAGUUGCCUGGAGCUUAUACGGCUGAUAUCGUCGUCGCCUUCUAUACAUCAAACGGCGAUGUGUUUGUGAAGAACCAUGAUGAACUAGACAUAGAGUUUUUAGGGAAUCUAGAAGGGAAGCCGUGGCGAUUUCAAACGAAUAUGUAUGGGAACGGUAGCACAAACCGCGGCCGGGAAGAACGCUACCGUCUUUGGUUUGAUCCCUCCAAGGAGUUUCACCGUUAUAGCAUACUUUGGACCCCUACCAAAAUAAUAUUUUGGGUAGAUGAUGUACCAAUAAGAGAAAUCAUAAGAAAAGAAAAAAUGGAAGGAGACUAUCCACAGAAGCCAAUGUCUCUCUACGCCACCAUUUGGGACGCCUCAAGCUGGGCUACUUCCGGUGGAAAAUUCGGAGUCGACUACACAUUUUCACCCUUUGUCUCUGAAUUCAAAGAUAUUGCCCUAGACGGUUGUAAUGUCUCCGACUCACUCCCCACCGUCACUGGAGAAAACAACAACAUAGGUUAUGAUCACAUCAACUGCUCUGUCUCCGACAAGUUUCUCAUGACCAACGACUACUCAACCAUUAGUCCUAAACAAGCAGCUUCAAUGAGACGGUUCCGAGAACGUUAUAUGUAUUAUUCGUAUUGUUACGACACCAUUCGAUACUCGGUGCCUCCCCCAGAGUGUGUUAUUGUGACGGCUGAGAAGAACCGGUUUAGGGAUACUGGACGGUUAAAGUUUGGUGGUAGUCAUCCUAAGGUGCAUAAAGCACGGAAGAAACGGCGACGGAAUCGGUCCACGCCGGUAUCGGUUGUAUCAGCUGAUCUAUAGCAUUUAAGUUAGUUGAGUUCAUUGCGGCUGACUAUGUGAUAUACAUCUAUAUCGUAUGUUUACAGAAAACGAGAAGAUAAAAUGAUAUGUGAUAUGCCCAUUGCAACUUAA